UAAUGAAUAACUCCACUUUGAUAAGCAAUCCUCGACAUAAAUAAAUACUUCAAAUUUAUACGUCUCGCAAUUAUACCCAACCUAAAAACACUACUCAAAUGUAACUUAAAUUACCUAAUUGUUCUUCAUCAUCCAAAAAUAAUGAAUACAAAGUAAUGAAACAUAAUUCCUUCUUUUCCCCAAAAAAACAACGUUCACAUCUAUAAAGUCCUAUUGUUUAAUACAAUUAUCCUAAUCAUGACUCUUCUGAGAGUUUUAUGAAAGACUUAGAAUUAUCUGGCAAUGAAGACUUAAAAGAAAUUAAUAAGACUUUGUUACUUACAUCUUAAGAAAUUAAUAAGAAAAUGUAAUUCGUUAUAGAAUCUUAUCUCAACAACACUCUCAAACAAAAACAUAUUAAAAAAAAACUUAAUAAUUUCAUUCAACUUAAUUGUACUCAUGACACUAGUGUUAUAUUUCAUCCACCUAAAAAGAAAAGGGAUAUUCAUUUAUAACCAUUAAGGCUCUUAAAAAAAAAAUGA